AUGCGCGUCGCGCUGACCAUGGUCGUCGCGGUACUCGCGGUACUCGCGGAGCCGGUCCUGGGCGAGACGCAACUCUUGACUGGUAAAACCGUCACGACCUCGAGAAACGGUGUGGACGUUUCGGCUAUCGUGGAUGGGGCAUUCUCGGAGGGUAGCCCCUCCGCGGCCAUCUUCAACGACAACAACGACAACAAAAUCGAGGAAGGCGCGGCCAAUCCUUGGGUGCAGAUCGACUUUGGGGAGGGCAACCAGGCGACGAUUGGAGACGUCGACGUGUACGGCAACCUGGAGAAUCAGCAGACGCCGUUCUCGUGCGUGAUGGCGAUGUUGGUGUCUCAGGCAAACGGGCUUGGUUACGUAGCGUACCAGGCGGCCAAAGGAAACGGCCAAGGAGAUAAUGCUGAGGUGAUUGCGGUGUGUGGUCGGGGACUGACAGCCGGAGUCGUGACGAAUACUCCGAACACCGGAGUCAUCGUCGGCGUGAGCGACUCAUCGUGUACUAACGACGGUUGCCUCACACUUGAUGGAAAUGGAGACCCAGAUGGGGCCGACACGACAGCAUGCACUGGGCAAAGCGGCGCCAAGCGCCUGAUCUUGCCGACGGAUGUGGGAUACGAUGCUGGCGGUCUUCCUCCCGUUGACGGCAAGUUCACAGUCGACUGCGGGAACAAGGUGGGUCGGUACCUCUACGUCCAACUCGUCGGACUUCAGCGACAGCUUUGGGUCGGCGAGAUCAAGGCGGUGUUCACGGCCGCACCCGCAACGCCCGCACCCGCGCCGGUGCCGGAAACGCCCGCACCCGCCGCGUCGUGCGCGGCGGAAACCCAGUACAAGAGCAGCAACAACAAGUGCGUGGACUGCCCGAGCGAGUCGACCAGCUCGGGCGCGGACGCGGAGUUCUGCACGUGCAGUGUCAACCGCUACGCCAAAAAAGAGAGCAACACGUGGACGUGCGAGCCGUGCAGGGCUGGCCAGGUGCGCGGCAAUGACGCUGCCAAAGUUCUAACAACCGCGGCCCGGGUUCCGACGGCGGAUGGACAAACCGAGGAUGGAACUGAUUGCGAGGUGUACGGUCGUUGCGAUGGGGGCUACUACCUCACCUUGGAUACUGCGACCAGCUUGAACUACUGCGAGUUGUGCCCGAAUGGAGGAACGAGCCCUGGUUCAUCUACAUCCGUGACCCAGUGCACGUGUCCGGCAAACCACUACGCCGAGUGGGUCACCCAGGGAAACAGCGGGUCGUGGUCCUGCACGGCGUGCAAGACUGGCCAGACGAAAGCCGCGACGGCGAUUCCGUCGACCGAUGGCACAGGCAAAGAGACUGCGAGUGCGUGUAGCGCCGCGGAGACGUGCGCAGCGAACCAUUACCUGACCUUGGAUGCUGACAGCGGCAAGGACUACUGCAAGGCGUGCCCGGAAGGCACGACGAGCCCAGCCGGCGGCUCGGCGAGAGCGUGCACGUGUGGCGAAGCGGGGACACAGUACCUUGAGGAUGACGAGUGCAAGACGUGUCCGAGCACGUCAACCUGCCCAUCCCUUUCAUGCUCCGCACUGACCGAAUGCACGUGUCCGGCAAACCACUACGUCGAGAAAUCCGGGAACUCGUGGUCCUGCACGGCGUGCAAGACUGGCCAGACGAAAGACGCGUCUAAUGUUGGAACCGACCAGGCUGCAACAACUUGUAGCGCCGCGGAGACGUGCGCAGCGAACCAUUACCUGACCUUGGAUGCUGACAGCGGCAAGGACUACUGCAAGGCGUGCCCGGAAGGCACGACGAGCUCUGGCGGCUCGGCGAGAGCGUGCACGUGUGGUGGGACACAGUACUUUGAGGAUGGCGAGUGCAAGGACUGCCCGAGCACGUCAACCUGCCCAUCCCUUUCAUGCUCCGCACUGACCGAAUGCACGUGUCCGGCAAACCACUACGUCGAGAAAUCCGGGAACUCGUGGUCCUGCACGGCGUGCAAGACUGGCCAGACGAAAGACGCGUCUAAUGUUGGAACCGACCAGGCUGCAACAACUUGUAGCGCCGCGGAGACGUGCGCAGCGAACCAUUACCUGACCUUGGAUGCUGACAGCGGCAAGGACUACUGCAAGGCGUGCCCGGAAGGCACGACGAGCUCUGGCGGCUCGGCGAGAGCGUGCACGUGUGGUGGGACACAGUACUUUGAGGAUGGCGAGUGCAAGGACUGCCCGAGCACGUCAACCUGCCCAUCCCUUUCAUGCUCCGCACUGACCGAAUGCACGUGUCCGGCAAACCACUACGUCGAGAAAUCCGGGAACUCGUGGUCCUGCACGGCGUGCAAGACUGGCCAGACGAAAGACGCGUCUAAUGUUGGAACCGACCAGGCUGCAACAACUUGUAGCGCCGCGGAGACGUGCGCAGCGAACCAUUACCUGACCUUGGAUGCUGACAGCGGCAAGGACUACUGCAAGGCGUGCCCGGAAGGCACGACGAGCUCUGGCGGCUCGGCGAGAGCGUGCACGUGUGGUGGGACACAGUACUUUGAGGAUGGCGAGUGCAAGGACUGCCCGAGCACGUCAACCUGCCCAUCCCCUCCAUGCUCCGCACUGACCGAAUGCACGUGUCCGGCGAACCACUACGUCGAGAAAUCCGGGAACUCGUGGUCCUGCACGGCGUGCAAGACUGGCCAGACGAAAGACGCGUCUAACGUCGGAACCGAAGAGGCUGCAACAACUUGUAACGCCGCGACGUCGUGCGAAGCGAACCAUUACCUGACCUUGGAUGACGGUAACGGCGGUAGCAACAAGAACUACUGCGAGGCGUGCCCGGCAGGGUCGACGAGCUCGGAUAGCUCGUCGACGACGUGCACGUGUGAAGCGAACAAGUACGCCAACAACAAUCAGUGCGCAAAUUGCGGGGCGAACACCUUCAGGACGGGCUCAGAGGUUCCCGGUGCGAACGAAAAUAAAAACGAAGUCUGUCUGGAGAAGUCGUGCGCGGCAAACCAGUACAUCAAGGAUGGUGCAUGCACGAAUUGCGCCGACGGUUCGACGAGCGCCGGCGGCAAGGUGACGACGUGCACCGCGAAUUGCACCUCGGGCAAGUACUGGGACGGAGACUCGUGCGAGACCUGUCCGGGAAACUCUGCGGGCGCCGGAGGGAAAGCGACGUCCUGCACGUGCAACGAAAAAUAUUACGCCAAGCUGACCGGCGGCACUUGGUCGUGCGAAACCUGCCCGACGGAUUCCACCAAAAUCGGCUCGGUGGUUCCUCACACCAGCGGCAAGAGCGACACGUGCGUCUCGAGCUGCGCCUCGGGCAAGUACUGGGACGGCAGCGCUUGCCAGGCUUGCCCGGCCAACUCCAACGGCGUCGGCGGCGCUGAGACGUCCUGCACUUGCAACAACAACUACAGGGCGUUCGUGAGCGGCGCCGGCACGUGGACGUGUGAGGAGUGCAGCGGACGUCAAGGUUCGAAGAUUCCUCAGCCGGGCGGCGAGAGCGACGAGUGUGUGGCGUCCCAGGCGUGCACCACCAGGCAGUACUUUGACGGUAAGGCGAAGGCGUGCAAGACCUGCCCGGAUGGCUCGACGAGCGAGGGCGGAACCGCAGAGUUUUGCACGUGCGGUCAGAACAUGUACGCCGUGAAGAGUGGAAACUCUUGGAAGUGCGUGGAAUGCACCGGCGGCGGAACCAAGCCUGCCGACUCGAAAGUUCCGGGAUCCGGGAACGGGCAGAAGGAGUCGGAGGCUUGCUCCGAAGCGAGCUCGUGCAAGGAGAACUUUUUCCUUUCCGGCGGGAAGUGUGAAACGUGCCCCGCUAACUCGGUCAGCUCGGGCGGAACCGCGACGGACUGCACCUGCCUCGACGACUUCUACGCCGCGUACUCGAGCAGCAAGGGUGGCACCUACACCUGCAACAAGUGUACGGGGAAGUCUGGGUCGGCGAUUCCGCGGAGUGACAAAUCCAGCGACACGUGUGACAACAUCGAGACGGGCAAGUCGUGCACUGCCAGGGCCAUGGUUCCGAAGAACGGCUUGAGUGUCGAAUGUCCGGCUACAGUCGAACACGGCGUCUCGUGCGCCGUCGAGUGCGCCCGCGGCUACGCCGUGGGAAGCCCGUCAUUUUCCACGUGCAACGACGGCAAAGUCACGCUCGCGACGUGCGAGGCCAUUGUGUGCGCCGAGAAGCAGCACGUCCUCUACGGAGUGUGCACCGACUGUCCCGCGGGUUCGGACAACGUCGCGGGCGACAAGGCCUCCGGCGACAACACGAACUGCGAGUGCCCGGUGAACACGUACAGGGUCGUGGUGGACGGCGUCUGGUCGUGCGUACCUUGCGCCGGCGCUCUGACUCGCGCCGCCGGCGACGUCGUGCCGUACGACGCGACGCAGCCGGACGCCAACACGCAGUGCGGCGCGGACGUGACGUGCUACGCCGGGUGUUCGGCGUGCACGGGCGUGGGGAAGACCGAAUGCAUCGAGUGCUCGGUCGGGUACACCCUCUACGGCACCGAAUGCGUCAGCGAUUACCCCGCCACGACUUCGCAGGCGGUGCUUGACGAGUACGUCGAGAUCGGCCUCGCGCCGAGGGACACGCUGACGGUGGCCGAAAAAGAUUUGAUCGUCGCGUCGAUGCGCGAGGUCACCGGGAGGUCACCGGAGCUGCUCUACUACAGCGGUAAAGCGGCGUCCGGCGUGGCUGACCCGACUCCUCCGGCUGUCGACAAAGGUGGCGGCAAGUCAAACAACGGUAAAGCGCGCCGCCGGCUGCUCGCGCACGGAGAAGGCGAAGGACGCCGCCGGCUGCUCGCGCACGGCAAUAAGCACACGCUCGUCGUCGUCGCUCGCUUCACAGUCCCCGCCGAGCAGCUCGAGGAGGCGUCCAUAGGCGUCGGCGUCGCUUUUGGCACCGGCGAGCUGCUCCGGAACCUCCGGACGAAGCUCGGCGGCGACUUUGGCGAGAUGACCGUGAAAUCCACCGCGUCGAGGCGCGGCGCGUGCAAGACGCAAACCGGGGGGACGUGCACGGCCGGCACGGCGAUCGUGUUCCAGGCGAGGGAGAGCGACCAGCUGGUGGAGGAUUCCAAGAACCCGUGCAAGAAUAACAACGGGGGGUGCUCCAAGCUGGUGCGGUGCAAGGCGGACCCGAGCAUGUCAACCGGCGUGAUGUGCGGUGAGUGCCCCACCGGGUACACGUCCUCGGACUACGGCAUCACGUGUGCCGACGUGGACGAGUGCGCUGUGAACAACGGGGGAUGCGACCCGAGGGUUGAGUGCAUCAACACCGUCGGCGGGUACAAGUGCGGCAACUGCCCGGAUGGAUUUGUGACCGCAAAGUCGGGCAAGUGCGAGGACAUCGACGAGUGCAAAAAGGCAAACGGCGGCUGCGACAAGCUCACCGAGUGCAUCAACAGCGCCGGAGGUUUCUCGUGCGGUCCUUGCCCCGCGGGUUACAAGGGCAGCGGCGACACCAAGUGCGUCAAGGCUUCCGGCUGCUCGGUCAAGAACGGCGGUUGCGACAAGCUGACGACCUGCACCGACGACGGCGCCGGAGGGUCCAGCUGCGGCCCGUGCCCGACUGGGUACGUCGGUGACGGCGCGUCCGGAUGCGUGGACCUCGACGCCUGCGCCGAGGGUCCGUGCUACCCCGGGGUGUUCUGCAAGGACCUCAAGCCACCCGCCGGCGCCGACGGCUUCAAGUGCGGCAAGUGCCCGCCGGGCUCCACGGGCGACGGCAUCGGACCCAGCGGGUGCAGCUUCAACCCUUGUUUCAUCAAGAACGGAGGAUGCGACGCGCAGGUUACGUGCACGAACAACAACGGCGUCGCAGUGUGUGGUGCCUGCCCUCCGGGGACCGAGAAGGAGGGCGGCGCGGCGGAUGGGAAGUGCAUCAACAUCGACUCGUGCGCGAGCAAUCGGUGCUACGACGGCCCACUCGGCAAGGUUUUGUGCACCGACCUCGCGCCGCCCAAGGAUGGUUUUAAGUGCGGCAAAUGCCCCAAGGGAUCCACCGGCGAUGGCGUCACCUGCGCGGAGGAGAACCUGUGCGCCACGAAGAAUCCGUGCGACCCUCUCACGACGUGCUCUAACAACGGCAAGACCUGCAGCGCGUGCCCGGCCGGUUACAAGGGCAGCGGUAAGUCCGGGUGCAAGCCCAUCAGCAGUUGCGAAAAGAACAACGGCGGUUGCGACCCGUCGACGCAGUGCUCCGACGACGGCGCCGGCGGGUCCAGCUGCGGCACGUGCCCGUCGCACACGAAUGGCUACUUCCCCUGGGUCGCCGGCUCGACUGGCACGACCGGCUGCGUUGACUUUGACGCAUGCGCCGACAAUCCGUGCUUCCCCGGCGUGGAGUGCCGCGACACCCCAGCCGUCGACGCGAAGGACCCGUCGGUGGUCACCGACGACGGUCUCAAGAAUUUCACGUGCGGCAAGUGCCCGGAUGGCUACAUGUUCAACGGCACCAACGCCGGUGUCGGCGAGUACGGCUGCGUGGUGUGCACCAUGGGCGUGAACAUCGCGGCGACCACCGUGGUCAACGGCGAGGUGCUCCGCGGCAGCGACACGCGGGUCAUCGCGGGCCGCGAGCUGAUGAACAGCGCCUGCUCCAACGACGCCGGUUACACCUUCGGCUGGUCCGCCGCCAGAUCUGACGGCACCCCGGUCGAGCUGGACCCGAAGACGACGUAUUCGAACACCCCGCAGCUGUUCCUGCCCAAGCGAUCGCUGCCCCCCGGCGUUUCGUACACCCUCAAGUUCACGGGUUACGUCACCGCGAACCCCUUGGUGUCGUCCACCGCCGAGUUUAGCUUUUUGGUGAGCGAGGCGGAUCUGGAGGCGAUCGUCCAGGGCGGCAACUCCAUCGUUUCGGAAGGGGUGGCCGUGGACUUGGACGGCUCGGGCUCCAUCGAUCCCGACGCCGAUCCCGAUUACGAGUGGGAGUAUUACUGGCUCUGCGAGGACAAGACCGCGGUCGACGCCGGGGCUUCCGACACGUCGUGCUACCUCGAGGACGGUUCCCAGCUGGAGCUCCCCAGGACGUCGCAGGCGAAGAUCGAGGGGCUCAAGCUCAAGGGCGCCGCGGGUCCGAACGGCAGGACGUACACGUUCAUCCUCGAGGCGAAGAAGGGCGCGAGGCGCGCGGAGACGACGACGACGGUGUCCGUCAUCGCCGCGGCGGCGGGCGCGACUGGACCGCCCCCGGUGGCGUCCAUCACGCCGUUUCCGAAGAACAAGGUCAACGCCGGCGAGCCGGCGAGGAUCAAGGGCACGGUGACCUCCGUCGCCGACCCGUCGACGCUCAAGAUGAAGUGGUCGGCGACUCGAGCGUUCGUCGACCCGGCGGGCGCCGACCAGAGCGUCGACCUCGCCGCCGCCGGGUUCACGUCCUCCGUCUCUCUAGCCACCGAGAAUCUCGUGCUCUCGCCCGACGUCCUCGAGACUGGGUACCGUUACAAGUUCCGGCUCGACGUCGAGGACGGCAACGGCGCGGCGGCGGCGUUCAUCGAGCUCGAGGAGAACACGCCCCCGUCGGGCGGAACCCUCCUCUCCGUGCCCGACUCGGGCACGGCGCUCACGGACACGUUCACGAUUAGCGCCGGCGCGUGGGUCGACACCGAGGAGCCCCUGUACUACAGGUUCGUGUACAGGGUCAAGGGCACGGAGAAGUGGACGCAGCUGAAGGACUUCAGCCCCGAGGCGCAGUGCCAGGUUUCCCUGCCCGGAGGCGACGUGAACGGAAAGGUUGAGCUCGCCGUCGAGGUCAGGGACUCGCUCGGCGCCGUGUCCGCGCCCAAGGUGAUCGAGGUGACCAGCAACUGGCCGACGACGAACGACGAAGCCUCGCUGAAGAAGGCGGCCGACCAGGGCAUCAACGCCGCGGAGGUUGCGAUGAAGAGCGGCAACCCCGAGGGCGCGCUCAACUCCAUCGGCGCCACCAUCGGGCUGUAUGCAAACUUCAAGAAGCAGCAGAGCCGCCGAAGGCUCCUCGCGGCCAACGGGUGCGUGGGCGGCGGCGGCGUCAACGCCACCGGCGAGGCGAAAGAGCGCGCCAAGGCUCGCGAGUCGAUGCUCAACACGACGUCGGCGGCGGGUGACGCCGUCCCCGCGUCGUCGACGUUUUACUCGACUCUGGCGGGGACGGCUUCGGCUGUGCUCGGCGACCCGUGCGAGGCGACGGCGGCGGCUCGCUCGUCCGGGGUGAACCUCGUCGCGGGCCUCAUCAACACCACGGGCAGCCCCGACAACGACCUGAUCAUCACGGGCGAGGGUGCCGAGAACAUGCUCGGCGCGUUGAGCGCGGCGGUGACCCCGGCUGAGGAUGGGGACGCCAACGCUGGAUCGGCUCAGGGCGCCGCCACCGGCGCCGCGCGAUCGCUCAUGACGGCGCAGCUCGGGCCCAGCCUCCCCGGGGAGAAGCCCGCGAGCGUGAACACCACGAAGAUGUCGUACCAGGCUGCGAGGGUGAGCACGCUCGGCGCCGGGAACUCGACGAGUUCCACCGCGUCCGCGGCUGGCUCCGAGUUUGCGGUUCCCGGCGGCGCGCUCGCGCUGGGCGGUUCCGAUCCCGUCGACCAGCUGUGCCUGUCCCUCGAUUACGAUCCCCACGCCGCGUCCGCGAGCAAGGGCAACGCGUCCGAUCCCACCGACAUUCGAUCCGCGCCCAAGGCUUCCGCGACGGUGUCCCUGGUUCUCAACAACGCCACGUCGGGUGGCGAACUCGCGGUGAAGAACCUCAAGACUCCCAUCGCGUUUUCGCUCAGGCUGAACGACGACGGCGCGGACCUCCGGAGCCCGCCGUGUUACGUCACCAAGUCGACGACCAACUUCACCGCGCUCCAGAACCUCGAGACCAAGCCCCUUCAGCUGCCCACGUGCUCCUUCUACGACGAGGCGGCUGGGGAGUCGUCCACCAAGGGUUGCGCCACGCUGCCCAACCCGAUUCCCAAGGGGUCCAAAGUCGAGUGGCUGCCCGGCGUGCUGGACGGGUCCAUCUCCCUGGAUAACUCCUCCGUCGACGCGUCGUUCCUGUGGACGUUCGAGCACCUGGACAACUCCACGGAAGACUCGGUGCUGUUCAACUGCACGCUCGUCGAGUACCGCAGCGAGGACGGCGUCAGGCUGCGAAGGUACGACGGCGAGAGAUGCCAGGCGCAGAACCCGCGGAACAAGGCUAUGUGCUUCUGGCGCAGGGACACGCAGACGUUCGAGGGGUGCGGAUGCGUCCUCUCGUCCAGCGUGCGGUGCCUGUGCAACCACGCCACCGACUUUUCCGCCUCGUCGGCGCCGCCAAAGAUCAAGCCGGUGUCCAUCGAGGAGCUCCUCUCGGUGUCGCUCGACGACGUCUUGAACACGUGGAAAGUUUUCGCGGUGGUGGGCGGCAUGUUCGGGUGCAUGUCGGUGCUCGCGUGUCUGUUUGAGCGCCGCGACGGCCGCGCGCGACGUAAGAUUCUCCACAAGUUCAUCAAGAACCCCGGCACCACCGAGAAGAUGGGGUUCUCCGUCAUCAAAGACGUGUGGACCUGGAGCAUCGACGUGCAGGAGAUGCAGUUCAUGUUCAACAACCUCCACUGCCCGAACACCCGCGCGGACCUCGAGCGCGUCGCCGGCCAGCAGGUUGGCACCGACGACGCCGACGAGAUCGACGCUAAGCUCCUCGAGAUCGCCGACCUCGGCAAGCGCGACUUUGCCGCGACGGACGUUCUCCGCGCCAUCGAGCGACGUAAGGCGGCGAUGAGACGUCAACGCCGCGCCAAGGAGGGCCUGCCCCAGGUUCCCAACGGCAUGGAAGCCGCGGACCCCGCGCUCGUCGCGGAGAUCGAGGCCAAGAUCGAACGAGAACUCGAGGAGACGCACACGGGCAUCGACGCGUGGGUGGACAAGGAGACCGGCAAGGUCAAGUACAGCGUCGUCGACGUCCACACCAUGAAUUGGGCAGAGACGUUCGACAGCUCAGACGACGACGAGGAGUCUCCGUCGAAGCAGAGGAGGUCGCUCAAGGAUGAGAACGCGAAGAAACAGGGCCUGUUCGGCAGGUCGAUGAAGACGAUGACCAACAUCGUGUCCCCGCUCGAGAAGACGCUGAAGCAGAUGCCCGGGAAGGCUUUGGACGCCGCGCGCAAGAUGCCCGGCGCGCUCGCCGGCAUGCCCAGCCAGCUCCAAAAAGAUAUCCGGGACAUGGCGCAGGGUAAGCGGAGGAGGCGUAAGGAACCCGAGCUCCCCGCGUACUUCAUCGGCGUUCCUUCCAAGUCCGAGGUCAAGCGCCUGCCCAUGCCCAAGCGAAACGGCGCCAUGUUUUGCUCCACGUGCGGCAUCCGCUACGUCCGCUUCCUCAUCGCCUUCCCCAUCGAGGCGCUCAACCGCAACCUCAUCGUCUGGAGGGCCAAAAACGACGCCGAGCACGUCGUCUUCCUCCCCUUCUCGCGCGCCGUCGGCACCGCCAUGGUGUACGCGUACCUCGACGUCAACAACAUCGUCGGCCACGUGGAGAUGGCGAGCAGGAUCUACGACGCCGCCCAGCUACCCUGGAUGAUGCCCACGGGCGUCACCUUUCCUCUGCUCGUCGCCGAGUUCAAGGCGAUGAUCUGCGGCAACCUCACCUCGGGCGGGUGGAUGAAGCGCAGCAACCUGUGGAACAUCGUGGCGCUGCAGAACGAGAACGGUUCGUGGUCCGCGACGGACUCGCUCGCGGGCGCGCUCAAGGCGGCGUCGGCGCCGCAGCUCUCCCCGCCCCUCCCCGGCUCGGACGCUCCCGUCGUCAAGGCUUUCUACAACGCCGACGAGGUCCUGCUUCGAUGCCCGCCCGAGCUCGCGGCGUGCGCGCCCAAGCUCGGGUGGACCGUGGUGGACGACAUGUGGUGCACGAUCGUCGCCAUGGAGGGAUGCAGGCAGAACGGCCUGUCCUGGGUGCUCAACCCGUGGGACGACCUUUACCACGAGUUUGACAUUCUUCAGUGCGGCUGGACGUGGGUGCAGCAGCAGGUGCGGGGCGACUCGCAGGUUGCAAAGGCUGUGCUCGUCGCCACGGAGCGCGCGGCGGAGUGCGUCUCCGCGUGGAGGGAGUCGUUCACGGCGACCGUGCAGGCGCUUCACGCGCAGAAGAAGGCUGAGGAGGCUGCGAAGAAGAGGGAGGCUGCGAAGAAGAGGCCGUCGUUUCUGUCGCGAUGGUGCGGCUUUUUCGCCGCCGCCGCGAUGGCGCCGGUCAACACCGUCAAGAGGCUCACGAUGGAGCUCUACGCGUUCAUCGUGUGGGCGCUCAAGCUAUACAUGGCUGCGCACAUGUUCUUCCGCGCGUUCCUGGCCAACCCGACCGACGCCUUCUCCGGCGCCGAGCGCAUCGUGAUGCAGUCGUCGCUCUACCUCGUCGGCUUGCUCGUCACCGUCUGGUUCUACUACAACAAGGCGACGCAGUGCUGCGUGAUCCUCAGGCAGGAGAUUGGAUGCUCGUCCAACGUCCUCGACGAGUGCGACUACGUCCCCGCGGGCGCGGGGUGCGCCGUGCUGAUGGGCCAGAAGGAGCUCAAACCCGCCGGCUGGGUCUGCCGCGCGUUCCCGGACAAGGACAACGGCUUCCACUUCCUCACCGUCAUCGCCAUCCAGAUCGCGAUCAUGUUCCCCGUCAAGUUUUCGCUCACGCGCAUGUUCACCGCCGGCGGCGGCGCGAUAUUGGAGCCGCACUGGCGCCAGGCUGUCAUCGCCGCGGGCAUGAACAUGAUGGAAAUUUACGCCGCGUGGUGCGAGACGUUUUUCCAGCUCUUCUACGACCCCGCGGGCGCCGUCCAGAAACCCGAGGUUGGCCAGAUCCUCGCCAAGUCCAAGGGCGCCAUCAUGAAGAUGCUCAUGACGUGCGGCAUGACCUACGCCAUGACCGUCGUCGGCGUCUUCUUCUACUGGAUGGACCGACUCGGGAUUUACCGGAAGAAGAAGAAGCGCAAGGCCAAGUUUGAAUCCGUCGACGUCAUCAAGGAGUCGAUCAGGAACACCGCCGAGGACAACGUCAAGCUCCGGCUCUCGAACUCGUUCAAGAUGAAGAAGAAUCUCGACAAGUACGACAUCGGCGGCGACGACGACGAGCCGGAGGUUGAGCCCGAGGCCAAGACGCAGACGGUCGCGCAGCGCAAGAUGUUCACCAAGGCUUCCGCCUUUUCCGGCGCCGUCGCUCACCGGGACGAGUUCACCUCCGUCAUGCCCCGCGACGACGACGACGACGACGACGACACAGCCGGCGACGCGGACGCCGCCAGUCGCAACUCGGGCGACUCCGCGGGUGUCGACCACGCCGACGCCGACCCGAGGGAGACCGCGCCCGUCGCUUGGUACGUCCGGUCCAUGCACGCCGCGCACAAGGACAGGUCGGGCGACCAUCGCGCGGCGAUUAUGAACGCCCCGGUGGACGUCGAGGGAGACUUCGAGUCGCUUCGCACGACCCCGCCGUCGGAGCAGGUCAUCGGCGCGUCCGGCAGCGGGGCGUCCGCCGCGGGCUUUCCCCCCGCGCCGGCGCUGCUGCACGCCCAUGACUCCAUGGACCCGGAGCAGUGGCUCAGAUCCGCCGUCGCGCGAUGCGUCGAGGACUCUCACCGUCUCAACGACCUCGCCGACGACGGCGACGUGGUCGAGUGCGAACGCGUCGCCUCCUUCCUCGCGUCGCUUCUCGACCAGGCGGCGCACGAGGCGGGCCCGAGGGGCUACGGCGGGUCCAGGGAGGACGCGGCGAAGGCGACGGCGCUGGUUCGAGCGUCCAUCGUCUCCGCCGGCGGCGUCAGCGCGUGCGUCGGGGUGCUCACCGUCCCGGACCGAUGCGAGGGCGCCGCUCCGCGCGCGUCCCCGCAACAGGUGGCCGCCAGCGCCGCCGCGUUGGCGCUCCUCGCCAGGAUCACCUGCGACUACCCCGCGGGUAUGCAGGAGCUCAAGCUGGACCACGACGGCUUCGCCGCCGUCGUCGCCACGAUUCGGCUGCACUCGCCGAGGCCGGCGUCGAGGGUGGUGGCCGACGCCGCCGCCGUCUGCGUCGCGAGCGUCGCGGAUAACCCCCGGCUGGCGAGGAACUGGCACGACGCCGGCGCCCUUCGCGUGUUCAUGCGAUACGUCCACGAGAUUUCCCUCGCCGCCGCGGAGGAUGAAGACGUCCGAGAAGGGAUCCGGUCCGAUCCGGCUAAACACGACGAGAUCACCGGCGCGCUCGCCGCGUUCGCGUCGCUCAAAUCGCGCGAACGCGAGAAGGACCGCGACGCCAACAUCACCGUCGGCAGCGUCGACGCCUUCUACUACGACUGCGUCAGGCUCCUGCCCCCGCACGCGCCGGUGUUUGCCAGCCACGUCCCGGCGGCGGCGGCGGCGCUCGCGGCGACGAGAAUCGCCUUCCCGGGCACCGCCGUCGAGUGCGAACGCGCGCUCGCCCGCGCGGGCACGAUGCACGCGCUGGGUAACCUACCCCUCGGCACCCUCGGGCACAGGUCCAAGACGAUCCUCGCCGGGGCGCUCGGGUCGGAGGCGAUGGACAGGUUGCUCUCCUCGGGGACUCGCGACGGCGCGCUGAGCACGAGCGCCUCGUCGCUUGCGCCCGAGCCGAAUCCGCGGUCGAAACGCAAGGCUUGCGACCUCGACAGCGCCAACCAGAGCGACGACAGCGAGCACGGCAGCGCGCCCGAUUCGCCGUCCAGGUCCGGAGUCGGUUCGCAAACCCCGCACUCGGCUCGCGGGAUCCGUAACCUGUGGCGCCGAGCCGCGGGUCGCGAGGCGGCGGCGCCGGAGAAGCCCCCCGGCGAGGCGGCCAUGGACGCGGUCGCCGACAUCCUGGAGAAGGCGAGGGCGAACCUGUCGAAGCAGGCGGACGACGCCAAGGCUGCGCUGGCGAUGCACACGAUAUCCGUCCAGGACAUCGAGAAGAGGCGUCGCGCGUACGUGUCCAAGCUGAGGUGGUCGUCUAUUUUCCAGCAGAACCUGGGUUGGUUCUGCGCGGCGUUUUUGUGGUUCUUCGGGGGGUACGUGAUCAUCGUCUACGGCGUGCUCAUCUACAGGUUCCUGGGACCGGGCGAGGAGGACAGGUACAUCAGCACGUGGGGCAUGGCGUUCCUGAUCAACACCUUCGGCCUGGAGUCCCUCCAGGUUGUCGGCCGCAAGGCGUUUUUCAUCUUCGUCAUCACCAAGUUUCAAAAGUCCUUCGCCAAGGCGCAGGAGUCGCUGGGAUGGUACGAGACCUACACGGAGAUGUGCGGCAUGCACCUGCUCGUCGAAGUCGGCGCCAUCAGCCAGGACGCCGCGCGCGAGGCGGCGGAGGAGGACGAAGGCGGCGACGACGUCGAAGCCGACGACGGCGGAGGCGACUAA